AUGAGCUGCAGCCCUGGUGUCGACGGCAGAGCAGGCACAGGAGGAGAGGGAGAAGGAGAAGAGGGAGAGGGAGAAGAAGAAAAAGAAGAAAAAGAAGAAGAAGGAGAAGAGGGAGAAGAGGCUGAAGAAGGAGACGAGGGAGAAGAGGUAGAAGAAGGAGACGAGGGAGAAGAGGAAGAAGGAGAAGAGGGAGAAGAAGGAGAAGAAGGAGCAGAAGGAGAAGAGGCUGAAGAAGGAGACGAGGGAGAAGAGGAAGAAGAAGGAGACGAGGGAGUAGAGGAAGAAGGAGAAGAGGGAGAAGAGGUAGAAGAAGGAGACGAGGGAGAAGAGGAAGAAGGAGAAGAGGGAGAAGAAGGAGAAGAAGGAGCAGAAGGAGAAGAGGCUGAAGAAGGAGACGAGGGAGAAGAGGACGAAGAAGGAGAAGCGGGAGAAGAGGGAGAAGAGGAAGAAGAAGGAGACGAGGGAGAAGAGGGAGAAGGAGAAGAGGGAGAAGGAGAAGGAGAAGAGGGAGAAGAAGAAGAGGGAGAAGAGUUGCUAAGUCCAAAGGCAGGACACACAUGCAGCAGGUGUAAUAUCUAA